CGAGACGUCAAUUUCAAUAAUAAGUAAUAAGUUUGUUACUCGAAAAAGUUUCUUCUCAAAGAAAUAAUUCCCAUCUUUUCAUAAAUUAUUUUAUUGUAUGCAAAUAAACCAAUCGGUUAGACCUGUUUUAUAUGCACUUUCUCUUUCUAAUCGAAUGAGAGACGACAUACAACACCAUCCAAUAACAAUAACCGGCAGAAUACAAUACACCAAAUUUUUGUUGUUGCUUCAUUGAUUAAACAUUCUUAUCAAUGCGAGCUGCCGCCUUCAUAGAAUAUUAGUUCUUCCAUUUGUUGGUAAUAAACAACAAGUCAGUUAACCGUUCUAUUAGUUGUGGAUAAGAAGGAAAACGCUGAGGGAAAAUUUCAUUACCACCACCAUCACACUGCAGCAAAAGACUGACGUGUCAUAAUCGUUGUGAAAACAUCAAAACAUCAUUGAAUUAUUUAUCAGAAAUCAGUGCUAAAACUCUUGGAAUCAUGUGCGGUUCCUCACCCCAAAUAACAAAAGGUACCAGAGCCUUGAUUUUAGUUGGAGGCUAUGGAACUCGUCUACGGCCUCUUACAUUGAGUACACCUAAACCGUUGGUGGAAUUUGCCAAUAAACCUAUAUUGUUGCACCAGUUGGAGGCGUUGGUCAGUGCGGGAUGCACACAGGUUAUUUUGGCCGUCUCUUAUCGCGCCGAACAAAUGGAAAAAGAACUAAAGCUAGAGGCUGAAAAACUAGGAGUUGAAUUGAUAUUUUCACAUGAAACCGAACCACUGGGCACAGCUGGCCCCUUGGCAUUGGCAAAACACAUACUCAAUGCCAGUACAGAGCCAUUUUAUGUUUUAAAUUCCGAUGUCAUAUGUGAUUUCCCAUUCAAGCAACUCGAACAAUUUCAUAGAAAUCAUGGCAAAGAAGGUACCAUAGUUGUGACCAAGGUGGAGGAACCUUCCAAAUAUGGUGUUGUUUUGUACGAUGAAGAAGGCUGCAUUAAGAGUUUCAUCGAAAAACCCCAAGAGUUUAUAAGCAAUAAAAUCAAUGCAGGCAUUUAUAUUUUUAACCCCUCCAUUUUGGAUCGUAUCGAAGUGAAGCCCACAUCAAUAGAAAAAGAAGUUUUUCCAGUAAUGGCUGAUCAGCAAGAACUCUACGCUAUGGAGCUGCCAGGUUUUUGGAUGGAUAUUGGCCAGCCCAAGGAUUUCCUAACAGGCAUGUGUCUCUAUCUCACCUCUUUGAGGCAAAAACAGCCAACAAAACUCUAUACCGGUCCCGGUGUGGUUGGCAAUGUUUUGGUAGAUCCUACGGCAAAAAUUGGUCAAGGUUGUCGCAUCGGACCAAACGUCACAAUUGGACCUGAUGCUGUCAUCGAAGAUGGCGUAUGCAUCAAACGAUCCACCAUACUGAAGGGUGCUAUGGUCAAAUCUCAUUCCUGGCUGGAUUCCUGCAUUGUGGGCUGGAGUUCCAUCGUGGGACGUUGGGUGCGUCUAGAGGGUACAACGGUGCUUGGUGAAGAUGUCAUUGUAAAAGAUGAAAUAUACAUAAAUGGAGGACAAGUGCUACCGCAUAAAAGCAUAGCUGCCAGUGUGCCAGAACCCCAAAUCAUUAUGUAAAUAAUAGUAGUCUAUAAAAGAAAAACCAAACAGACAAAACAUCAUCAGUACACAAAUAUAGACAUAGUGUCAUUUAAUACGGCUUGCAAACUUUCCAAGUGGUGAUAUUAAAAACGAAAAUCAUUUGUUGUACAUUCAGUGUUCUUUCUUUGUACAUCCUCUUGAAGUUACUUAUUUUCAAAGUAAACUUUCGUCUAAUGUUUUUGUUUUUUAA